GAAGGUGUUUUGUCAUUUGGCUUAUUCCAUAGUUGUCUUUCUCUUCUAGCUUAAAGAAGAAGAAAAAAUGGAAUCUAUUGUAAGCAGUGCUGCCAGUACAGUUGCCGAAUACACGUUUGGUGUCAUCAAACGUGGGUUUGGGUACUUAAUAUAUGUUGACAGCAAUGUCCAGGAUCUGAAGGAGCAAGUUGGAAAGCUGGAAGAUGCUCGAGAAAGAGUGCAGCAUUCUGUCGAUCGGGCCAUAAGGAAUGCAGAGAAGAUUGAAGCGGAUGUCCUUAAAUGGUUGGCCAACGUUGAUAAGAAGUUGACUGAAAACGUUGAGGAGAAAUUGAAGGAAGAUGAGGAGAAAGCAAAGAAUAAAUGUUUCUUUGCUCUGUGUCCGAAUGUCAAGUCUCGCUACCUAGUCAGCAAGAAAGCGGUGGACGAGAAGCAUGCUAUCAGUGAACUCCUGGAACAAGGGAAAUUCGACAAAGUUUCGUAUUCUCCUCCUAUAGAGGGGAUAGUGACCAAAGGUUACAAGGCCUUUGAAUCGAGAACAACAACCUUGAAGGGGAUUAUGGAGGCCUUAAAUGAAUCAAGUGUUCGAAUUGUUGGAAUAUACGGGAUGGCUGGCGUAGGCAAGACCACGCUUGCCAAAGAAGAAGUUGCUGCCAGAGUAAAGGAGGAGCACUUGUUCGACGAAUUUGCAAUGACCACUGUCACUCAUAAUCCAGACAUAAGAAAAAUUCAAGGAGAAAUUGCUGACAUGUUAGGCCUGCAUUAUGAGAAGGAGACUGUUAGCGGAAGAGCAAUGGAGCUACGCGAGCGGUUGAAGACCGACAAAAGGAUCCUCAUAGUUUUGGAUGACCUAUGGCAGAAACUUGACCUCGAAGAGGUUGGUAUCUCGUUUGAGGAUCAAGCUGCUAAAGGAUCUUCUAUCGCAGGAUGCAAAAUACUGCUGACUUCCAGAAGAUUUGACGUGCUUUGCAUCAUGCGUGCUGAGAAGAGUUUCAAAGUUGAAAUUUUAUCACAAGAAGAAUCGAUGAUUCUUUUUGCAAAAACAGUGGGUGACAUAUCUGGUGAUUAUGAACGCAGAGUGAAUGAAUUGGUGAAAAAAUGUGAAGGGUUGCCUGUCGCUAUCUUAGCAAUUGCAAAUGCUUUGAAAGGUAAGGAUCUCACGUCUUGGGAUGAUGCCUUGCUGCAGCUACGACGGUCAAAUCCAUCAAACAUAGAGGGGAUGCAAAAAAAUGUAUAUUCUACCAUCGAGUUGAGUUACAAAUGGCUGAGAAAUGAGGAAGCACAAUCUUUGUUCCUGAUAUGCGGCCUGCAUCCUCAGAGUUUUGAUAUCCGUGUCUUUGAUUUGCUGCAAUAUAGCUUUGGUCUAGAUCUUUUGGAAGGCAUCUACACGAUGGAAGAAGCAAGAAAAAGGAUAGAUGCACUAGUUCAUAAGCUCAAAGAUUCUAGCUUACUACUUGAGGGAAAAGGUUACAAAUGGGUGAAAAUGCAUGAUCUUAUACGAGAUGUUUCCAUUUCAAUUGCAUCAAAAAACAAGGGAAUGUGGGUCAUAAGGGAUGCAAAUCAUCUGAAGGAAUUGUUGAAGAAGGGGAAUCUCAAUGGUUGCACAGCUAUCUCGUUGCCACACAGCAACAUGGCUGACCUUUCUGAUGUGGACUGUUCGAAUUUGGAGUUACUCAUGUUUCUGAAUAAAGAUCCAUCUUUCAGAGUCUCGGAAACUUUUUUCAAAGAUAUGUAUAAGCUGAAGGUGUUAAGCGUAACUGGUAUGAGUUUUCCAUAUUCUCUGCCUUCAUCUUUUCGUUCAUUAACAAACCUUCAAACUUUGCGUUUAUGUGAAUGCGAGUUGUCUGAGAUAGCCAUCGUAGAGAAGCUGAAGAAAUUAGAUAUACUCAGCUUUCAAGGUUCCACCAUUACGAAAUUGCCAAUAGAGAUUGCACAAUUGACCCAACUAAAGUUAUUAGAUUUGAGUGAAUGUUCUAAACUUGAAGUCAUCCCAGAAAAUGUCCUAGCAAAAUUGUAUAGAUUAGAAGAGCUACUUGUUGGCAAUAGCUUUCGUGAAUGGAAUGUUGGAGGUAAUGCUCGACUUGAAGAGUUGAAUAACUUAUCUUCUUUGUCAGCAUUAGAUGUAUCCAUUCCGGAUGCCAGAAUUAUGCCAAAAGAAGACUUGUUCUUGAGAAAGUUGGAAAGAUACAAGAUUGUUAUAGGAGAAUUUCAUGAGCGUUCCAUUUUCAUUACUAAGAGUAAAGCUUAAAAAACGUUGCAACUUGAGUUAGACAUUGGCAACGGCUUAGAUAAAGGGAUGGAAAUGUUGAUAAAGAUUGCUGAAGAGUUACGCAUAGAGGGAUUGAAAGGUGCCAAGGAUAUGUCUUUUGAGUUAUUAGAUACAGACGG